GUCGGACAUUGCCUUAGUUAAGCAAGAAUGAUGAUCUCUUUGGCCCGCUAACGCCGACAACAACAAUGGACACAGACACCUUUUGUUAAGAGCAGGCUGCGGCGAGGCUCGUUAAGGGGCGCUAAUACUAUCGCCGACAGCAAAAACAGCAACAAAAAGGUCGAUGCUUGAAUUUGUAAGAUGGAGCGCAGAAAGCCUGAUUUCUAAUACGUAGGAUGGCCAUUAAAAUGGUCCCCAUCACUAAAACCGUUGAGGUAUAAAGAUCGAAUCCUUCGUUCCACGCUGGUCUCCAAUUGUCUAGCUCAUCAUCACUAAAGCAUCAUCGUCUCAAAGCCUCUACUCUGCUAUACAUCAUGUCCUUUGAACUCCCCAAGACCGUCAAGCAGUGGAACGUCACUGGAACCACUGGCUUUGACGCCCUCCAAUUCAGCGAGCAGCCUCUCCCUCAGCUUGGAGACAGUGAGGUUCUCGUCAAGUUGCAAGGUGCCUCUCUCAACUACCGCGAUCUCAUCAUCCCCCAGGGCAAAUACGCCUUCCCUACCCGCGAAAACGUCAUCCCCGGCUCAGACGGUGCUGGUGAGGUCGUUGCGGUAGGAAGACAAGUGACCCGCUUCAAGCCUGGCGACAAGGUCGUCACUCUCUUCAGCCAGGCACACAUUGGCGGUCCCAGCAACCUCGAAACCCUCGCUUCCGGCCUCGGCGGUGCUCUCGACGGCACUCUUCGCAACUACGGCGCCUUUAACGAGAAUGGCCUUGUCCGACUCCCCUCGAACCUCACACCCAUCGAAGGCUCUACCCUCUCUUGCGCCGGUCUGACAGCCUGGAACUCCCUCUAUGGUCUCAGUGGCUCCCAGCUGCUCCCUGGCCAGUGGGUGCUCACCCAGGGCACCGGCGGCGUCAGUAUCUUUGCUCUGCAGUUCGCCAAGGCCGCUGGUGCGCGUGUCAUUGCAACCACCAGCUCGGCUGACAAGGUCCAGUUCCUCAAGGAUCUUGGUGCGGACCAUGUCAUUAACUACAAGGAGAACCCUGAAUGGGGUGUUGAGGCCAAGCGUCUUACUGGUGGCGUUGGCGCCAACCACAUUGUGGAAGUUGCUGGCCCUGCAUCGAUGAAGCAGAGUCUCGAAGCUAUUGCUGUGAGCGGUGUCAUUACCAUUAUUGGCUUUGUCGGUGGCUUCACUGAGGACCAGCCAGGCUUCAUUGAGUGCCUGCUCCGCGGAUGCAUUGCUCGUGGCACGCUUGUCGGCUCGAGAACCCAGAUGGAGGAAAUGUGUCUCGCCAUUGAGGCCAACCCGGAUAAGCUGCGCCCUGUGGUCGACAAGAAGGUGUUUAAGCUGGAGCAGCUCAAGGAGGCCUACGAGUACCAGUGGGCUGGAAAGCACGUCGGCAAGGUGUGCAUUGAGAUUGAGUAGACAAAAUAGGUUAUCUUUACGCAUUCAAAUACAUAUGAGCAAGAUAGUUUCGACGUUUUGAAUACAAGGCAAUAUGUGGAGAAUUUUACGAGACGUUUUCAAAAGCACGUAUUUCGCUGGGAUCGUGGCCAUCGCAGACACGAUACGUGUCUAUGAAAUAUUUCAAGUAUCGCAUUAGGAUAUAACGCAUUGUGUGUAUUUUCAAAUUUAUUCAUUGCGUUAUUUCAUGUGCCUUAAUACAAACAAAUAUUUCGUAAAUCGUUCCUAAAAAGCAAAGUUGAGAUGUAAACCUUCCUAAACUUGAUGUUAAAAUGUAAACCAG